UUAGUAUACGAUGAUAAUAAUAUCUGUAUUCUGGCGAAAUCUUCAUUUGUGGAUACACUUUUUUUUACCUACAUACUAUGACUAUCAUGCUUGAAUGUUAAAAGAAUAAUUUUUAGUACAAGAAAAUACAUUCUAUUCAACAAGUUCUUCUCUCCUCACCUAAUUGCAUAGAGUAAAUUCUAACAAGACAAAAGAUCAAAUUCUCGAUAGAGCUAAUACAUUCUGAUUCUCACUCUGGACCUGGAUCUAAAUGAUAAAUCUAGAUAUGAAAUCACGAUGAAGAAAUGAGCAAGAAGCCCUCUGUAGUGAAAUUGCCGCGACUACCCGCUGACGUCUCUUCUUGCGGUUCUCGAAAUUCUGGAACUAACGACAAAACAGCUCUGGCGGUCAGGAGACUCCGAAGUAGACUUUUGUCAUUGAGGCAGCAUCCUAUUUACGGACCUAAAAUUGACACAUCCACUUCCGCUCUACUCAAAUGGCUAAAAGUCUCCGGAAAUGACGUGUUCGCCGCUGACGGGAAAAUCCGAAGAAGUCUAGAACUGAAAGAGAAAAUGAAAGUGGAGUCGCUAGUAAAUCAUACGAUCAAAGUGCCUCAGAUAUUGCGCUCCGGGUACCCGGGCGGUGUUUGCGGUGAGGACCGGGAAGGUUCACCAGUUUACUACGAGCUGUGUGGACUGGUGGAGCUGAAAGAUAUCCUGCAGUCUGCCGGCAAGGACGCUUUCUUCAGAUUCAAGUUCUUCCAACAUGAGCUGCUUCUUGAGUUUUUAAAGGAGUUGUCUCAGCAGAAGGGAGAGACCGUAGACUCCAUGUUGGUUGUGGUCGACCUCCAGUUUUGCCAAAAAGAAGAUCUCUGUACCGCGAACUUGACUAUUCUAAGUGAGCUCCUCCAUCUUCUGAUAGACCACUACCCUACCAUGAUCAAAGAGAUUGUCUGUAUAAAUGUCCCUGAACUUCCGGAACUGUUGACAGCGCAGAAUUUAUUCAAACGUGACGUGUACAACAUGAUUUCAGUGACUGGCCGGAAGUACACUAGGAGGCUGAAGAAGAAAAUAGCCAUCACGCAGUGGCCCAUUUACUUGGGAGGGAAAAAACACUGUGACGGCACACGACCGUACGUCAGCCUUGACAUUGAAUACAGCGUCAAGGUACCUCAACUGAUACUACAACAAGAUGCCCCCAAUGAGAAAUUGAUCUACACCGUCGGGCCCGGCAUCCGGAAAGUGGAGGAGUAUCACGUGGCGGCGGCAGGAAGCAUUUUGACCUGGGACUUUGACCUGAUCAGUUCUCCCGUCAAUUUCGCGAUCUAUGCGAACUCUUUAGGACAGAACAACAGGCUGGUGCAUUCAGCUGGACUGACUUUAGACACGGAUAUGAGAUCUGGGUCACUGGACUGUAAGAUGGCUGGGAGAUAUCUGUUUGUUGUGGACAACAAAGUGACCACUGAGUCCCCGGUUCAAGUUAGUUACAGAGUGACUGUGGUGCCACCUGACUCAUACGUGACACGUCUGGCGCCGAUGUUGCCCCUGGUAAGACAGAUCAAACAGAAAGCGCCCUCUAUAUGUAGGAGGAGAGAUCACGUGACGAAUGCGUUUAGCACCCCCAACGUCGAUUGGUUAAAUUCAAUUUAGCAGGGCUCAUUACUGAGCACAGAGACUUACUAUAGUACUAACAGUCA